AUGGCUCGCGUCGUUCGGGCCGAGGAUCCCAGCGCGAGGCUGGUGACUUUGGACGUGGGAUCGGAAACAAGCGCGGAGUCACACAUGGCUAUUACUCGCGUGCUCACUGCCAUGCAGUCGCCGGGGUCCUGUUUCAAUGAUAUUACGGAGAACGAGUACGUCGAAAGGUCAGGCCUCCUGCAAGUCAGCAGAGUUCAGCCGGACUCGGCUCUCUUGGGGUUUGUCGAGGAAACGAACGCUGAAGCCGCCACCGAAGAGCACAACUUGCAUACCCACCCUUCCUGUGUCCGUCUCAUGUGCCGCCAACCAGGAAUGCUCGACUCGCUCCAGUUUGUGGAGGUAGCCCCUGGAGACAUGCCACUGCCGGACGACUUCGUGGAGGUGAACAUGCAUGCGGGAGGUCUGAACUAUAAAGAUGUCGCGAUGUGUCUCGGCAUCAUGCCUGAAAACCAAUACCUGUUGGGCCUGGAGGGCGCCGGGGUGGUUCGCAGGGUCGGAGCCAAGGCAGCUUCGUCCUUCCAUAUCGGCCAGAGAGUCCUGGUCUACCGGCGGGGGAGCUUCGGGAACAAAGUCCAGUGCCCUGUUGAGGGCGGGCAUGCAAUUCCGGACUGGAUGUCGUUCGAAGAGGCUGCCACUCUCCCUGUCGUAUACCUAGCCGUCAUCUACGGACUUUUCGACCUCGCGAACAUCCAACGUGGUCAGUCUGUUCUGAUCCACUCCGCUGCUGGCGGUGUUGGGAUCGCGGCCAUCCAGAUAUGCCGGUUCAUGGGCGCAGAGAUCUACGCGACUGUGGGCAGCGAGGAGAAGCGCGAAUUCCUAAGAGAGACGUUCGACUUACCCGCUGACCGGAUCAUUUCGUCGCGCAACACUCGGUUUGCGGCAGAGAUUCUCCAGAUCACGGGUGGUAAGGGAGUGGAUAUUGUCCUGAACUCCCUCACUGGGCCACUGCUUGACGAAUCGUGGCGGAUUAUUGCCGACUGCGGGACCAUGGUCGAGCUGGGGAAGAAGGAUACCUUGGAUCGCAACUCGCUUUCCAUGGAGCCAUUCAACCGCAAUGCCUCAUACCACGCGAUAGACAUGUCCCACGACAGUAUAACACGGCCCACCGUGGCACGACUAAUGCGUCAGAUGUUUGAUCUGGUUGAUGGAGGACAUAUCAAACCGAUUCAGCCGCGUGCCGUUUUCUCUUAUGCUGGCAUCGCCGAUGCCAUUCGAUACAUGCGCGGUGGCACUCACAUUGGGAAGAUCGUUGUCUCCAGGGACAUUUUCUCGGAGACGGCCGUGAUGAAGAUCCAACCAGCACCGAGAAAGCUCCGUCUUCGGUCCGACAGGUCGUAUCUGAUCGUUGGAGGACUAAGGGGAGUUUGUGGAAGCCUGGCUGUUUACCUCGCGCGUCAUGAGGCUAAAAGCCUUGUCGUAAUGUCUCGCAGCGAGUACUCUGACGACAAGUCCCAAGGCGUUCUGAGAAGCCUCGCCUCGCUGGGCGCUCGAUGUGCACUCGUGCAAGGCGAUGUCUCUGAGAAAGAGGACGUCCGACGCGCUUUUCGACAAUCAUCACUGCCCGUUGGAGGCAUAAUCCAAGGCGCCAUGGUGCUCAGGGAUGGCAUCUACGCCUCGAUGACUGUCACACAAUUCCACGAAGCACUGCGCUGCAAGGUCCAAGGCACAUGGAACCUGCAUGAGGUCUCGAUCGAGGAGAAGGAGGCCGCCAACUACGCCGCCGGCAACGCGUUCCUCGAUGCGCUCGCCACCCACCGUCACAGUCUAGGACUGCCCGCCUGCUCCGUGGACCUAGGAGUGAUAGAAGACGUAGAAUACAUCAGCGAGCGGCAAUCGAUCGCCAACCGUCUUGACAUCAACAUCUGGACGCCCAUUAACGAGCCGCUCUUGCAUGAAAUCCUGCGCCUCUCCAUCUUCCAACAAGACGCCCUGUCGCCGCUCAAUCCCUCCAGCGCCACCCAGAUGGUCACAAGGAUUCCAUUCCCACAGCCUGUAGACGCGGCCCUCCUGCGCGACGCUCGCUUUGCCGCUCUCGCUGCUCCCGACGGCGGCUCGGUCGCUGAAAGGGCGCAGGACGCCUCGCAGGAUACUCGUGCACUUCUUGACCUCGUGCGCAGUGAUACAAGCACCGAGCUCGAGUCCCAGAUCACCGCUGCCGUGGCAGUCGUCAAUCGCCACUUCAUGCGCACCCUGGGGCUGUCGGAGCCCAUGGAGCCGGCGAAGCCCCUAGCUGUGUACGGGUUGGAUUCACUGGCUGCGGUGGAGUUCCGGAACUGGGCCCGCCAGGAACUGCAGAUUGCUAUUACGACGUUGGAGGUGGUGGGUGCGAAAACCUUGAGGGCGCUUUGUGAGAAGCUGGUGAGCAAGAUGGGGCAGGAGAAAGCGUCGUCUGCAGUUUAG